UCUGCUUUAUGAUGCUCAUGGUUGUCAGAUCACAAGACAGCUGUAUCGCAGACCAGUGUCGCAAUUUGGAGUUCGGGCCUGAGAAAGCAUUUGACGGAAAACGCCUCAUUAACCACACCAUUCGCACCGUAGUAAUAACAGUUGCCAGGUUCUGCGAAAACUUGUGUUAUAUGGAGCCCGAUUGUGUCAGCAUUAAUCUUUAUACACCUGCAGAUGGAAAUGGAAACUAUGAAGGUGAACUGAAUAACGUUACUCACGAAGGACACGAAGACAAGUUGAUAGACCGAGAGAAGUAUUCGUACCACGCCGCUGAGAGUGAUUGUGUUCAAAAUCCCUGUAAGAAUAAUGCUACUUGUCAAAGUGGAUUCACUAAGAAAGGUUACCGGUGUCUCUGUACCGUGGGAUUUGAGGGUCCGCUUUGUGGAAAAGAUAUCAACGAAUGUGUUCGUGACCUACACAAGUGCAGCGAUGAUGCGUUUUGCAUCGAUACCAAAGGUUCUUACAAUUGCACAUGCAAAGAUGGGUUCCAAGGAAAUGGACGAGACUGUAAAGAAGUCCUCUACGACCUAGAAGAUGAAAGAAAAAUUGAGGUAGUAGCGUCGAUCGAUUUAGAGGAUACUGUCAAUGACAGUGCGACCUACCCGUUAGCUGAAAGUGAGGUUUCCAACGAAGUUAAUUAUGAAAACAAUGAGCGCGGCGGCAACUUAAACAGGCAAAGAUUUGAAAACAUAUCAAGUGCAGAAAUAGACGACAUAAUUUAUACAAGAACAGAAACAAAGAAAACCAAACAAUCCACCAAAUGGGCUAUCCGAAUUUUUGAAGAGUCAGAUAAAGCUAAACAAGCGCUAGAACAAAGAAAAUACAAAACAAAAACCUCCAAUUCCAAAAGCAGACCUCCAAAAGUUGAAGUCGUCAAAUACAAUCCGGGGAGACAAUCCUUGGGGUCUUCUGCGGAAUAUCGGGCUUCAUAUAACCUAGUACUGGUGUCAUCGAGGACGCGAAGGUCAGCGACAGUUGACUAA